AUUUUGAAGGCCAGCCGCUAACGGAAGCGCUUUCCUGUUAGCAUCGAAAGCUGCUCAGUUUCUAGCGUUCAGUGUGUUUUCUCCAUGCUCUAUCUACACGUUAAACCCAUUUUCUUCUCGACUGCUGGUCAGAUUAUCUUAAUUCAAAGUUACAUUCAGCUGUCACGGCUCGGUAAACGCUGAAAGGUAAAUGUUGAUGAACGAAAGCUAACAGAGAUGUGGAGACAGCAGGUCACAGAGCACCUGGAUGCAGAGGAGGAAGAAAUGUCGAUGGAUUUUCAACGCAGAGUGUCUCAGAACCAAGAAAAACAUGAAGGUAGCCAGACUUUAGGAGCUGUUUUUAAUCCCAGUCAUCACCUGCAUAUAAUAGUGGUUCCUGCAUAUCCUCAGGAGUUGGCGCUGAUUAAAGAAGAAGCUCCUGAACAACAGAAGCCGGAUGUGGACCAGCUGGACCCAGAACACCUCCAMAUAAAAGAGGAAGAGGAGGAACUGUGGACCAGUCCAGGAGGAGAGCAGCUCAAUGUGAAGGAGGAGGAGGAGGAGGAARAGGAGACCGACACCACCAGCUUUUCAUUCACUGCAGUUUCUGUGAAGAGUGAGGAUGAUGAAGAGAAACCUCUAUUCCCGCAACUUCAUCAACAUCAAGUUGAAAUCCGAGAUCUUCCAACCAGCAGCUCAGCUGACCACAUGGAAUUAACAUCUGAUGGAGAGUUCUGUGAAGAAGCAGAUACUACAAGAAAUCUAGACAUGAGUACUCAUGAAGAUGAUUCCGACUUUUCAGAAACUGAAGUCAGUGAGGAGGAUGAUGAUGAUGUGAACAAUCCUAACCAUGAGCUGAAACACUUCUCAGGCCCCGGGUCCAACACUAAAGACACCGAUAAAGACUGGGAGUCUUCUCAAACCAGGGUUCCCGAGUCAGGUGUAAACAUUUUGCAUAACAAAAACGAACAGAAGCCAUUUUGUUGCGGUCUUUGUGGCCAGAGGUUAAGCCAAAAGGGACAUUUAAACAGACACAUGAAAAUCCACACGGGCCAGAAACAAUUCUGUUGUGAUCUUUGUGGACAAAGGUUUCCCGUAAAGGACAGUUUAAACAGACACAUGAAAAUGCACACAGGACAGAAACCAUUUUCUUGUGAUCUGUGUGAAAGAACGUUCACCUUAAAAGGAGCUUUAAACAAACACAGGAAAAUCCACACUGGACAAAAGCCAUUUUCUUGUAAUGUGUGUGAACAAAGGUUUACAGAAAAGGGCAGUUUAAACAGACACAUGAGAAUUCACACGGGACAGAAGCCAUUUUGUUGUGAUCUGUGUAAACAAAAGUUUACGGAAAAGGGCAAUUUAAACACACACAUGAGAACCCACACUGGAAAGAAGCCAUACACUUGUCAUCUGUGUGAACGAAGUUUUUCAGUGAGGUGCAGUUUAAACAAACACAUGAGUACCCACACGGGGCAUAAACCAUUUUGUUGCGAUGUGUGUGAUCGAAGGUUUAGCCAAAAGGGAAAUUUAAACAAACACAUGAGAAUCCACACAGGACAGAAGCCAUUUUGUUGUGAUUUGUGUGGCCGGAGAUUUACCACAAAGCACAGUUUAAACACACACAUGAUAAUACACACAAGAAAUAAAGCAGUCAUUUGCAAUAAUUCAUAGGUAUAGCCACAACGGAAGAAAUGUCAGUUUCUAUUUACAACCUUGCCCUUUUCUUCCACUAGUGUGGUUCCACUUCACUUCAAACUCCAUUAACUGUCAGUCAGAAGGGGAACUCAUUCACUUAGACUGUGUUCAAAAUGUUCACUCACCAGUUCAUUCUCACUGCUUAACAGUAAGACAUCAGCGCUGUUUUUGCAUUUUAAUGAACUACAGCAAUAUUUUAGUUCAUUUUAGCCAGAGUUUAAGUUAUCCUUUGACAAAUGGUGGACAUUUUUAACCCUAAUAAUAAUAUACAUGAAUACCGAAAUUAUAUUAUUAGUAAAGACAAAGCGCAACUAUCAAUAUAAAGUCAUGUUACAUGUGUAAAUGUGUUCAAUUGUUCUAAAGUUUGAAGGAAAUGGGUAGUAAAAGUUUAAAAARUAACAUUGUUGUGCAUUCAUGAAAUGUUUGGAUCGUGAAAAAGUUUCUUUGUAUUUUUUUCAUGUUAAAUAAAUAUUCAAAUUAA